AUGUCAAGUCACAAACAUGACAGUGAUGGUUUUCAAAUAGUUUCAUCGAAAAAAUCAUCUAAAAACAAAUCCACAAAGGUACCAAGACAACAGUCUGAUUUACUAAAAUCUAAGUCGUUUAAUAUUGAUAUUGAAAAAUCUUACAAAAAAAUCAUAUCUGCUGUGGACGUGUUAAAGGAUUCUCAAUUUUCUAAAGACGUAAUUAAAUCAGUGAGUAACAUUGUGUUGGAUAGACAGAUCGUAGAGUUGGUUUGUUUUGGUCUUGGAAGUAUAGGAGAAUGCAAUAUUUCAAGGUAUCAACUAGCAUUACUACUGUGUCUAAAGGACGCUUUUGAAAUAGAUAAUAUACUCGUCCACGAUCCAAUUUUUAGUACGCAAGAGUGCGAUCUUUUAAAACGCUUAAAAUUGACUGUAAUUGAGAAAAACAGUGAAGGCGAUUAUGUAAUAUCUAAACAAGGUGUAACUUUUGUCUAUUUACCUCACUGUCCUAAGCAAUUAACGAAUAAUUUUCUCUGGAGCAACUGGAAUACACAUUUGGAAAAUUGCAUUCUGCUAUGUAAUAGUUUUACAUCACUUAUAGAAAAUCAACUAAGUAGAGUCCUAUCAGAAUCUGUUCCAUAUAUACAGAACAUAUUUUCUUACACAACUGUGGUCUCCUUAGAAAAUAAUUUUGUGUACAAAGAUAUUUUUAAUGAUACUUCAAUUCAUUACUUUCCAAGUGAUAAGUUAAAAUUGGCUCCCGUUGACUUCUGGUUGCAACAAAAAAAGCCAGAAUACAAAGACACUGAAGAGUUUAUUACAUCUCUUAUGAUUGAGAAAUUAAAUAUUGUUUGA